GUUCAAGAAUUGUAACUGUACGUAUUGAAUGUCGACCUGUACCAAUUACCAUCAUAGCUGUUUAUGCACCCAUAAAUCCCUCGAAUGGAGUAAAAAAUGGUAUUGAAACUUGUGAUGAGUUCUGUAAAAUUCUACAAGCAACAAUAGAUAAAACUCAUAAGAGUGAUAUGAUUAUGAUAAUGGGUGAUUUUAAUGCUCGUGUUGGAGUAGAACAGGCCAAUACAGCUGGAGGAACUGUCGGUAAGCAUGCUAUUGACAAACAAAAUCAAAACGGUCGUCGACUAGUCGAUUUCUGUUUAUUUAAUAGCUUUAUAGUUACUAACACAUUCUUCCCACAUAAAACAGUCCAUCAAGGCACAUGGAUGCAUCCAAAAACAAAACAAUGGCACAUGUUAGAUUAUGUACUAGUUAAUCGUAAAUUUCGAUCUAGUGUACAGGAUGUACGAGUUCAUAGAGGUGCUACUGGUGGUAUUGGAACAGAUCAUCAUUUAUUACGAGCUAAAAUUCGUUUACAUCUGAAAUGUCGUAAAAAAGCAGAGAAAAAAUAUCGGAUAAGACUUGAUCAAUCAAAAUUGACAGAUAAUAAUUUACUCUCUGCUUUCCGAAUUGAAUUAGCGAAUGAAAGCAAAGCCAUUCGGGGCGAUAAUAAAACUUUAUCGGUGAAUGGAAAGUUUACAAAUUUUGUUAACAGUGUUCGAGAACGUGGUAGACACUACUUUGGAAACAAUAAAAGCAUUCAUAAAGGCGGAAAAGAAUGGUUCACACCCGAACUAAAGGAAAUUGUUGAUAAAAAAGCUAAAGCAUAUGUAGACUGGCAACUGCACCGUAAUACAACCAACGAGAAGAAAUAUAGAAACAGAUACCGAACGUUGGCAAAAAUAGUACAAAACAAAGUAUAUGCUAGGCAACAUGAAUAUUGGGAGGAGUUAAGCAUAGAAAUAGAAAAUGUAGUCAAAGUACACGAUUCAACAACUGCUUUUCAAAUCAUUCGAAGGUUACGUGGAAAUGGACCAAGCAUAAAUCACAUACCAAUCCAGGAUAAGAACGGCUUAACGUUAACAAACAGUAAAGAUCAAUUGAAUCAAUGGAAAGAGUAUUUCGAUGAAAUGCUCAACGUUGAUACAACAGUAAGCGAACAAGUUUUACAACAAAUUCCAAGACCUACAGUUGAUGAUGAAGAGCUUUCUCGACAGGACGAUGUACCAACUCUUGAUGAGGUUGUAAAGGCAAUUGGACAAAUAAAAAAUAAAAAAGCUCCAGGAAAAGACGAUGUACCAGCGGAACUCCUAAAAGCGGGCGGUCAUUGUGUCGCUGAAUGGUUACAUGAAAUUAUUCACGACGUAUGGGAACAGAAGACAAUGGUAAAGGAAUGGGCUGAAGCCAUUAUAAUACGACUAUACAAGA